AAGACCCCGAAACACCAUUAUCGGCGUUAAUAUUUUAUUUUCAUUACAAAAUAGUCUCACUCUCUCUCUUAUACUUUUACUUUCCAAACAAGUAAAGAGAAUUAACAUGGGGUCAGAGGGUGAGACCGUUUGUGUCACUGGUGCUGCUGGGUUCAUAGGAUCAUGGCUGAUCAUGAGACUCCUAGAGCGUGGUUACACUGUCAGAGCCACCGUAAGAGACCCAGAGAACUUGAAGAAGGUAAAGCAUUUGAUAGAUUUGCCUAAGGCAUCGACGCACCUGACACUGUGGAAGGCUGACCUGAACGAAGAGGGAAGCUUUGAUGAAGCAAUUAAAGGAUGCACCGGUGUUUUCCAUGUGGCCACGCCCAUGGACUUUGAGUCCAAGGACCCUGAGAAUGAAGUGAUAAAGCCAACGAUAAAUGGUGUGUUAAGCAUCAUGAAAGCUUGUGUCAAUGCAAAAACUGUUCGAAGACUAGUAUUCACAUCCUCUGCAGGAACUGUCAAUGUUGAAGAACACAUAAAGCCUGUUUAUGAUGAAAAUUGCUGGACUGAUGUUGAAUUUGUCAGGAAGAAAAAGAUGACUGGAUGGAUGUAUUUCGUGUCCAAGACACUUGCUGAACAAGCCGCAUGGAAGUUUGCAAAAGAAAACAAUUUGGAUUUCAUCAGUAUUAUACCACCACUUGUGGUUGGUCCAUUUAUCAUGUCGUCAAUGCCGCCAAGUCUUAUAACCGGACUUUCUCCUAUCACUGGUAAUGAAGCUCAUUACUCAAUCAUAAAGCAAGGCCAAUUUGUUCACUUGGAUGAUCUCGUGAAUUCUCAUAUAUAUUUGUAUGAGAAUCCAAAGGCAGAGGGAAGAUAUAUAUGCUCCCGGACCGAAGCUACCAUUCAUGACAUUGCAAAAUUGCUUAGAGAAAAUUUUCCAGAGUAUAAUGUUCCUACAAAGUUCAAAGGUAUCGAUGACAACUUGGAGAUUGUCAGUUUCUCUUCCAAAAAGCUUACGGACUUGGGGUUUGAGUUCAAAUACAACUUGGAGGAAAUGUUUGUAGGAGCUGUUGAAACAUGCCGAGCCAAGGGAUUGCUUCCUGCUGCUGGUGAAAACAAUGUCACUGGCACGAAAAAAGAUUGAAAAUUGUUAGUUUCUUGCGUGAUUCAUGUGACAGCUUAAAUAUGUGUGCACAAGUUAUAAAUAAAUGUAUUUCUAUCUAUGAAUGAGAGCUAUCCGCUAAUGUGAUUCGACUGAUUCCCAAAUUUUACUA